AUGAUUUUACGGCAAUGUUUAAUGCUGGUAAUAUUCUCAUCAUCGAUCUUGUCAAUAGAAUUGAACAUAGAGAAUGAAACAGAGUUCUGGAGCGAUAUUUUAAGCUACGCUGAUAGUGUUGGUGUUCGAAGGACGGUAUUGGCAUCGCUUCUUCAAGCAAAUCCAGAUGUUAUCAACUCCGCAGAAACGGUAGCUGCCAGUGCGCAUCCCAUUUCAUCAGUUGAAACGGUUGAAAACAAUGGUAACCACUCGGAAGAUCACAAAACCUAUGGGCAUGGUGUCAAAGUCGCUUCGUUCAAGUUCGAUUAUGUCAAGGAACCGCUAGUGCUCACAAUCUUCAUCAUAGUAAUUGGGAUCUUCAAGUUAGGAUAUCAUCACACACGUUUCAUUCAGAAAAUCAUACCAGAGUCCUGCUGUCUAAUUGUUGUUGGCGUUUUUCUGGGGCUUAUUUUCAUCAGCGACGACACUCAUGAAUCAGUGAAAUUUCUGGAAUUCAACUCGAAAACAUUUUUCUUUUUUCUUCUGCCACCAAUUAUUCUCGAAUCCGCCUAUUCGCUUCGUGAUCGAGCAUUUCUUGAAAACUUUGGGACAAUAGUCUUGUAUGCAGUCGUGGGUACUGUAUUGAACAUCGUUCUACUUGGCGGAAGUCUGAUUGCUCUGUCGGAUUUGGGAAUGAUGAAAGGUUUCCGAAUUGAUGCACUUGACUGCCUUGUAUUUGCUUCCUUGAUCGCCGCCGUCGACCCAGUGGCGGUACUGGCGAUAUUUCAAGAAGUUGGUGUGAACAAGAUGCUAUAUUUUAUGGUUUUCGGAGAAUCCUUACUGAAUGACGCUGUAACUAUAGUCUGUUAUAAUCUAGUAAUCGAAUUCAAGGAGCUCGAAGAAAUA